CGAUGUGGGGGCGGAGAGAAGGGCCUUGGGAAGUUGCAUGGUAACCCGCCGGUAAGGCAAGGGAUUCCCGCUCAAGCGUGGGGAGAGAGUUCUGUUCCGCUCCGGCUCGCCUCACACACUCCGGGAAGCAUCAUUCCUUCUCUUACCCGUCACAGCAGCUUCCACCAUGAAAAUCGAGGAGGUGAAGAGCACCACAAAGACCCAGCGCAUCGCUACCCACAGCCAUGUGAAGGGCCUGGGGCUGGAUGAGAACGGCAUGGCCAAGCAGGCGGCCGCUGGGCUCGUCGGGCAGGAGAACGCACGGGAGGCAUGUGGGGUAAUAGUGGAGCUAAUUAAAAGCAAGAAAAUGGCUGGGAGAGCGGUGCUGCUGGCGGGACCUCCUGGAACUGGCAAGACUGCUUUGGCUUUAGCCAUUGCCCAGGAACUAGGCAAUAAAGUUCCAUUUUGCCCCAUGGUUGGCAGUGAAGUUUAUUCCACAGAGAUCAAGAAAACGGAGGUCCUGAUGGAGAAUUUCCGGAGAGCCAUCGGACUGCGGAUAAGAGAGACUAAGGAGGUGUAUGAAGGUGAGGUGACAGAGCUGACUCCCUGUGAGACUGAGAAUCCAAUGGGAGGAUAUGGCAAGACAAUCAGCCAUGUUAUCAUUGGACUGAAAACUGCAAAAGGAACAAAACAGCUAAAGCUUGAUCCCAGUAUCUAUGAGAGUCUGCAGAAGGAGCGAGUAGAAGUUGGAGAUGUGAUCUACAUUGAAGCAAACAGUGGAGCUGUUAAGAGGCAAGGCCGAUGCGAUACAUACGCCACAGAAUUCGACCUUGAAGCCGAGGAGUACGUCCCCCUGCCUAAGGGAGAUGUUCACAAGAAAAAAGAAGUGAUUCAGGACGUCACCCUGCACGACCUGGAUGUUGCCAAUGCACGGCCACAGGGAGGACAGGACAUUCUGUCUAUGAUGGGACAGCUCAUGAAGCCAAAGAAAACAGAAAUUACAGAUAAGCUGAGAGCAGAAAUCAACAAAGUGGUGAACAAAUACAUUGACCAAGGGAUUGCAGAACUUGUCCCGGGCGUGCUGUUUAUAGAUGAAGUGCACAUGUUGGAUAUAGAAUGUUUUACUUACCUCCACCGUGCCCUAGAGUCAUCCCUUGCACCCAUUGUCAUCUUCGCUACCAACCGAGGCAACUGCAUUAUUAGGGGCACAGAAGAUGUGGCGUCUCCUCAUGGCAUACCCCUGGAUCUCCUGGACAGAGUAAUGAUCAUACGUACCAUGCUGUAUACACCGCAGGAAAUGAAGCAGAUCAUUAAGAUCCGAGCUCAGACAGAAGGGAUUAACAUUAGUGAAGAGGCCUUGAAUCACCUUGGAGAAAUUGGUACCAAGACAACAUUAAGGUACUCUGUUCAGCUGCUCACCCCGGCUAACCUGCUGGCCAAGAUCAAUGGCAAAGACAGUAUCGAAAAAGAGCACGUGGAAGAAAUAAAUGAACUAUUCUAUGAUGCAAAGUCCUCUGCCAAAAUCCUUGCUGAGCAGCAAGAAAAGUUCAUGAAAUGAGAAAGGGAGGGUCCCUCUGCUGGAGCAGAAACCCCCUAGUACUGCACAGGGUUCUAUUUAUAUCGGAAGGAACAGAGCGGGGCAUCGGCAGUACCCCCGAUAUGGGACAGUGCGGCACUGAACUGAUAUACACCUUGCAUUAGUUCAUUCUUGGAUUUAUCAAUCCCAACAUUUUUCUUUUGAUAUAGAAAAUAACGUUUAUAAUGUUUUUCAUUAAAUAUUUAAACCUCAAAUAGG